CUUCUCUCGGCUUGCGGGAGCGCGGGCUCGGGAGCCGGACCCUGGCGGGCUCGCCAUGGACCGCGACUUGCUGCGGCAGUCGCUGGGCUGCCACGGCCCGGCGCUGCUGUCGCUGCUGCGGAGUGAGCAGCAAGACAACCCGCACUUCCGGAGCCUUCUGGGCACGGCGGCCGAGCCAGCCCGCGGCGCGGCGCCGCCUCCGGGAGCCGGCAGGAAAGAGAAGAGAGUUGACAACAUUGAAAUACAGAAAUUCAUCUCUAAAAAAGCGGAUCUGCUUUUUGCCCUGUCUUGGAAAUCAGAUGCAUCUACACCCUCUGACGUGCAUGAUGACAAUGACAAUCAUUAUGCAGUCAUGCCACCUUUAGAGCAAUUCAUGGAGAUCCCAAGCAUGGACCGGAGAGAACUGUUCUUCCGAGAUAUUGAACGUGGUGAUAUAGUGAUUGGAAGAAUUAGCUCUAUUCGGGAAUUUGGUUUUUUCAUGGUGUUGAUCUGUUUAGGAAGUGGCAUCAUGAGAGAUAUAUCUCACUUAGAAAUCACAGCUCUUUGUCCUUUAAGAGAUGUGCCUUCUCACAGUAACCAUGGAGAUCCUUUAUCAUACUACCAAACUGGUGACAUAAUUCGAGCUGGAAUCAAGGAUAUUGACAGAUACCAUGAAAAGCUUGCAGUAUCUCUGUAUAGCUCAUCUCUUCCUCCACACCUGUCUGGCAUUAAACUAGGUGUGAUUACUUCUGAAGAGCUUCCUUUGUAUUACAGGAGGAGUGUUGAACUAAAUAGUAAUUCUUUGGAGUCCUAUGAAAAUAUCAUGCAGAGUUCUCUGGGAUUUGUUAAUCCAGGAGUAGUUGAAUUCCUUCUAGAGAAACUAGGAAUAGACGAAUCUCAUCCACCAUCUUUAAUGAGAGGCCUACAAAGCAAAAAUUUCUCUGAAGAUGAUUUUGCUUCAGCAUUAAGAAAGAAACAGUCAGCAUCUUGGGCUUUAAAAUGUGUGAAGAUUGGAGUCGAUUAUUUUAAGGUGGGGCGACAUGUGGAUGCUAUGAACGAAUACAAUAAAGCUCUGGAAAUAGACAAACAAAAUGUGGAAGCUCUGGUAGCUCGUGGGGCAUUAUAUGCAACAAAAGGAAGUCUGAACAAAGCAAUAGAAGAUUUUGAGCUUGCAUUAGAAAACUGCCCAACUCACAGGAAUGCAAGGAAAUAUCUCUGCCAGACACUUGUAGAAAGAGGAGGGCAGUUAGAAGAAGAAGAAAAGUUUUUAAAUGCUGAAAGUUACUAUAAGAAAGCUCUGGCUUUGGAUGAGACUUUUAAAGAUGCAGAGGAUGCUUUGCAGAAACUUCAUAAAUAUAUGCAGAAAUCUUUGGAAUUAAGAGAAAAACAAGCUGAAAAGGAAGAAAAGCAGAAAACAAAGAAAAUAGAAACAAGUGCAGAAAAGUUGCGUAAGCUCUUAAAAGAGGAGAAAAGGCUAAAGAAGAAAAGAAGAAAAUCAUCUUCUUCCUCUUCAAGUGUUUCUUCUGCCGAUGAAUCCGUUUCUUCUUCCUCAUCUUCUUCCUCUUCUAGCCACAAACGGCAUAAGAAAACUAAGAGGAAUCGUUCGGAGUCUUCUCGCAGUUCCAAGAGGCACUGGUCUAGGACAUCUUCAGGCCACACAGAUCAAAGUAGGAAAGAUGAUUGCUAUCCGGUUCCAACUAAUACCUCAGCAUCUUUCCUUAAUCAAAAGCAAGAAAUGGAGAAACUGCUGGAAAAGCAGGAUAGGUUACAGUGUCCAAAUGCACAGGUAAAAGAGAAAGAAAGAGGCCUUCUGACAUCUUCAGUUGAAGUACCAGAUGAUUUGGGAGGUAGGUCAGAUUUUUACAAUAGCUAUAAAACCCAGGCAGGUAGUAGCAAAACCGAAAAGCCAUAUAAAUCAGAAAGACAUUUCUCCAGUAGGAGAAAUUCCUCAGAUUCCUUCUCUAGAAAUUCAGAGGACAAGAUGAAAGCAUCUAGUUACCGAAGAUUUGAAAAGGACACGGAGGGAAAAAAAGAUUACUCUAGAAGGUGGGAGCCAAGUUCUGGGAAGUACUCUACUUCACCAGCAAGUUCAGACUACUCUUGGAAGUCACUUGAAAAACAAAAAAAAUAUGUGUACUCUGGAUCACGGGAUGUCAGUAAACAUGAGCAAAGAUACCAGUUAAAUACAAAUCAGGGAGAGCGUGCGUAUGAAAAGGAUGACAGCUGUGGGGAGGGUAACAAAACUGAGGCUCCAGAAGAGAUGCUCAAUAGCAAAGAGCAGCCAGAAAGCAGAGUUAAGAAAAAUUUACCUCAAAAUUUACUCAAUAUAUUUAAUCAGAUAGCUGAAUUUGAAAAAGAAAAAGGAAAUAAGCCAAAAAAAUGAUCUGCUAAGGAAAUGUACACUAAUUUUCAGAAGUUUGGGGAUUCUUUAGCCCUAACAAAUAGUUCUAAGUCUAAAUUUAUUUGUAGCAGAUCACAAAAGGCUGUUUUAAUUAUCAGCCCCUUUGUCAGUCAGUGGUGUGGGUAUGUGUGGACACAGCUUUUAACUGACAACUCAGACUUUUUCACAUAAAGAUAUUUUCUGAGUACUUUGUUUCUUCACUGUAAUAUGGUUUGUGAGAAUCCUUCCUUGGGUCCAUCUUAUUUCACUGUUAGAAAAAUAUGUUUGCAUUGAACAAUUUGAUUGUUUUAUCAAAAAAUACUUUAUUCUGUUUUUUGUUAAAAGCCCUUAGCCUUUGGGGAUGGGGAACAAUUUAUGGUUGAAUGUUUCUUAGAUAUUAUUUUCAGUCAUUUGUUUUCAGUAUUAAAAUUUUUACACCAUUUCAUUUUUAAGUGAUAAAUUAUGACUUGACUUAUCUAAGACUUGAUAUCAAUAGUUUGUGAAUACUGUUUUCUUCCCAGAUUAACAAAAUACCUUAAGAAUAAGACCACGAAAGUUGGUUAAUCAGAGCCUAUUUUAUUUCUCCAAUAUUAUUUUUACUUAAUGGUUAUAGUCAUAAGAAAAUCCUUAAUUUUAAACACUGACCUAACCCUUUGAGAAUUCUGUAUCAAACUAGAUGAGAAUAGGAAAUAAUUAUUAAUAAAAAUAGCAGCAGAGAAGCACCCUAUAAAUCUGAUUUUCUUCUGCUAUCACAUUGCAAAUGUUUGGAAAGUCAGUAGGCAUGUUUCUCAGUAGCAGAGGGUUGAUUUGCAGCUUUAGUUUUCUUAUCUGUCACUUUCCUCCUUUAUUGAUGCCCCUCAUUGAAUCCUAGUAAAUAAUCCAGAGUAAAUCCCAAGCCUCUGAGGUGGAUCAGUAGAUAAAAGUACCAGCCAUGCCAGAUAACCUGAGUCUAAUCCCAAGACCCCAUGGUGUAGGGAGAGAACUGACUCCCAAAGCUUGUCCUCUGUCAGACAGACAGACACACACACACACACACACACAGAGUACCAUGUGUGGACCUAUACAUACAAACAGCUAAAGAAGAAAUCAUCUUCAGCUUUCAAAGAACACCUCUGAAUUACUAGAAAGUGAAUAGUAGACUAGUAGACUCUUGGCAAGAUCAGUAAGUAUCAUAGCUGCUGCAUUUCUGAUGCUCUUAAAUUAGGAUUCUAGAAAGUAUAAAUAGCAAUAAGCUUUUAAUCUCUUAUUGGUCAUUGGAUGGGAUCCAUCGUCAGACAUGCAUGAAGGAAUGGCAGAAAUAGAAGAGACUCAUUGCAUGUUUGUUUCUACCAGUAAAAUACUAAAGCUUUAAUACUGACACAUAGUAUUUAUACCAAAUUAUAGUGAUGGAAAACUACUGUAAAAUAACAUUUAUUUUACAGUACAAUACAGAAAAGAAACCUUGAUUAAGAACAAUAAAUAAUGGCAGCAGAAAUAUAAUCACUUCAACAUUUGUUUUUACACCAAGGAACUCAUUAUUAUUAUUAUUUGGGCUGGGGUGAGGAUGAUGAGCAUGUGUGCCACAUAUGUGGACAUUGAAGGACAACUUGAAGGAAUUUCUUCUUCCACCUUACAGGUCCCAGGAAUGAAACUUGGCUCAUUGGGCUUGACAGCAAGUACCUCUGUCCACUGAGCCAUUUUGCUAUCCCAGCACCAAGGAACUCCUAAGAGUAUUCUAUGUAUUAAUAGUUCCAGACUGAUUCCUACAUAGCUAGGGUUUGUUGUUGUUAAAAGGGUAAAAAACACCACUCUGUACACCCCUUGAUCUUUGAGAAUCCCUAGUACACCUUAUAACCUUACACAUAUAACCUUACUUAACCCUUAGGAUAGUGCCUUGUAGGGUAGGCUGUCAGACUUUGAAAAUUACAUCUUUCCUAGGACAUACUAAGCUAAGCAGACUACACUAAGCAUCCAGUUCCUUGGAAUAUUUAAGGAGUUGUCACAGAAAAAAAUAUUGGGGAUUUAAAUUGAUUCUCAGUUCUGUCUUCAGUAUUUUCUUUUACAUUAAUAUGUCCAUAGUUUGUAUGUACCCUGGACAGCUUUGUCUUAAUUUCCAAGAGUAACUAUAACUUCUUAGUCCAGAUCUGCAAACAGAGGGUUCAUCCUUUGUCUUAAAAUUUAGCAUUAUUACAUGUAGUUAGUAUAGUGGUUAAAUGUAAACUUGGAUGCUGGCCAUUCCAGAGUAGGGUCUAGUAGCUAACUAUUUAUUAUGCAGUUAGCCCUAUUUCAGUGCCAGUGUGUUUUGCUUAUGUGUUACUUUAGUAAGCCUGUGAUAAUUACCUCUAAAUUACGAAAAGAAAAAGCUUAGAAAAGUAGUCUCCCUAGAAACAAAACCUCUGCCUUUGUAGAACACAAAGUUUAAUGAUUUAAGUAACUUACAAACUAAAACAACUGAAAAUCAUAACAUUGAUUUUAAAAAAUGAUACGAUUAAUCAGUUUUAGAUCUUACAUGUUGUGCAUCUAGGCAAUAUUUGAUCCAAAAAGUGCCCAGAGUUUUCUUAGCCAUUUUACUUAUUAGACUUAACUAUGUUUCUAAAUUUAAAAUGAUCAUUAGUAGAAACAGAUUUACUACCACUGCUGCUUUUUUCAGAAGUAACUGAGUAGUGGUUCUAAGACAAUCACUGUUGUAAUAACUAUUUUGCCCCAGGUUUAAAGGAGAUGCUGAUUUAUAUACAUGAAUUGUAAUUUAUUUGAAAUUGUCUCCUACUGUAAGUCCGAAAAAUUCAAAGUGCUGGAAAUAAAGUAUUAACUAGAAAAAACAAUUUUAAAUAUAGUAUGCAAUAUCUACCUCCAGUGUAAAUUUAAGGUCAGAGAAGAAAUAUUUUUAGCCGCUUAAGUUGUACUUUAUUUGUGCAUGUACAGAGAUAAGUGUAUAUGUACACACACAUAUAUACAGUGUCUUUCUUACUACAUUAUUUUCUUGAGGGAGUGGGAGUGAUGGUGUCUUUUUGGUUACACGUUAUAACCAGUACAAACAAACAGAAUAUGCCCUUUACCAGUUUCCUCCCUCAUGCCUACCCCCCCAAAAAAAAAUCUGAAGAAUACGGUUGUUUGCUUUUUGUUUUUUAUUUUAAAAAGUAAUUUGUGAUCUAGAGUAAAUGAAAACUUCCCUAUUGAUAUAGAAUAAAUCUUUAGAAGUGUAUUAGUGAAAGAAUCUUAUAAAUGUGUUACUUCAUAAAACAUCUAACACUAUAGACAUGUUCUAGUAAAAAAGAGAAACUGCUGAUUUCCCUCUGCUUUGUCACAUGGCUUGGCUAAAGUUCUGCAGUUUUCCCUCACUAUAAAUAAAACAGUAGGAAAAAACAAACAAAAACUCCCUUUGUUCUUUUCCCAAACAGCUUUUACAGCCACUGUGAAGAACUUUUGUCUGCUCUAUACUUCUGGUACUAUUUUAGUAAGCCUAUAUCGUCGAUAAAUGGAACCCCAGGAAAAGAGGGAGACUUAACUAGUAAUAAGAUUUUCAUUUGUGUUCAAAAUUUGUACAAAAGAUUAAAAGAAGCAUGUUUAUUUGUUGAGCUUUUUUUGUUUAGGAAUGUUGGAAUUACUGCCACUACUAGCUGACCUAGAGCUAUCACUUCUUGGCGGAGGCUCAGGGAAUCUGAGCUGUAUCACUUUAGCUGUAGGUGGAGAGGGGGGAAUUGAGUCCUCGAGCGACCUGGAACAAGAAAGGAUUUUCUAUAAACUUAAUGCAAAAUGUACUUCAAAAGACCUUUCUUUUGGCAAAAUAAUAUUUUUUUAAUUCCAUAAGUAAUUAAAGAACUACGAAAGCUAUUAAUGUUAUAAAAUCUAAAAAUAUGACCAAUUCUUUCAAAAAAAGAAAUGAACAUAGUUUAAGUAAAUUGUUAAUUCUUUCUGUGAGAAAAAUAUUUUCAAGUGUAAACAGUUUCAUAUAGAAUUGGAAGCAGUAGUUUGUAAGGUGGAAACAAAAGGAGUGGGUGCUUGAAAAGGUGAUCAAAAUGAUAGUUUAAAGUCAUUUACGCUGAAGAGGAACGGGGUUGGCAGUGAGAUGGUGAGAUGGUUUGGAAAAUAGCCAUUUGCUUCUGAAAUGAUAUGUUUUAUUAAAAGUACAGAAAAAUUUAAUAUAUAGUAAACUGAGUAGUUUGAUAUAUUUAUGUAGAAAAAAGGUUUUUAAGCUUAAAAUACUGUCUUUGGGGAUUUCUCUCUUUUUUUUUUAAUGAAACACUUACAUAGACUAAUAAAAACUAGUACAUAACUUUCAACUGUAGAAGAUUAGAAAUCUUAAAAUCAGGUUUAUUAUUGAUCAACAUGUCAACAAAGACUUAUUCCCCCUGGUAGAUUUUGGUUUGCAUUAAGCUAAGUAAGAUACCGUAAAUAAACAUCUAUAAUUAGAAAAUCAGUUAUUUGUGCAUCUAACUUACUCUUAUCGAGUUUAAAAAGAUUUAAAUUUUCCUAGAGUUAGAGUUCACCCAAAAUGUUUGCUAUAUUACCCUAAUUUUCACUCAACCUUGUUCCCUAAAAUAACUUCCUAGUUACAGUAAGUGUGUCAUAAUAGAAAUAUUAGCAGCUGCAGGCAGCUUGCUAUACUGUGUGUCUGUACCGUAGUGCGGUUGCUGAAGGUGAGUGAUGUGGGUAGGUAGCUGAGUGGGUAGUGUGCUGGCCAGUAGCAGCUGUGAGGUUGAGGACCCGCUUCCCUUACCUGAGUGAUGAAAGUGAAGACUGGGAAGAGGCUCUUGAGCUCGGGGCUUUUGCUGUAGGUAGUUCUAACCCAUCCUGAAAGAAUGUUUCAGUCAUUAGUCCUACACACUUUAGAAGAAAGUUAAUUAGAUACACAGACCUACUAUAUUAGACUCUAUUACCUGCUGAAAAUACGUUUGAAAAAUGACAUGAAUUUCUGCAUUUUCCAUGGCAUUAACUAACAUUUGGUCAAUGUCCUUGUGAAACUGUAUGAUCUCACGGAGCUGAAUGUCUUGUUCCUCUAGAGUUUCAUCAUUUGUUUGUUUCAAAAUGCGGAUUUCUCUUCUGAGUCUUCCACACUGUUAAUAUUAAUAAAUAAGUCAGGCACUAUAUAAAACUACUUUCCAUGAGUUAAGGAAAGCGGGCUCUGAGUUCAUUUAGUAGUUGAAAGAUGCGAGUAUUAGGGUCAGCUUUAAGGUCUCUAGCACCUGCUUGGUUACUCGCUGUAAUUUCGGCUUCUGCUCCUCAGUCUCCUUACGAAGUUGAAAUGCGAGUGUUUGUUUCUCUGAUAAUUUCUCUUUGGCGUUAUUUGCUAAGUGUUCUAUAACUUCAAAAGUAUUUUCCAUGCUCUGUAGAAAAUAAAGUGUCAACAUACUCAUGAUCAGAAUAAAAAAAUAUGAUUUAUUGCUUGCCAUUUGCCA